UUUUUUUCAUUCCCUGGUGAUUUUCCUACAUGCCGUCUAGUUAAUAAUAAAUUUAUACAGAAUGUGAAUUGACAGAAGAUGUUUUGUUAAACAUGUGUGAAGAGAAUUCAUUUCAUGUUCGUUACAGAAUGGAAGCAUCAUGCCUGGAGCUUGCCUUGGAAGGGGAGCGGUUAUGUAAAGCAGGGGAUUGUAGAGCUGGGGUAUCUUUCUUUGAAGCUGCAGUUCAGGUUGGAACAGAAGACUUAAAAACACUUAGUGCUAUUUAUAGCCAGUUGGGCAAUGCCUAUUUCUAUUUGCAUGAAUAUGCAAAAGCUUUGGAAUAUCAUCAUCAUGAUUUAACUCUUGCAAGAACAAUUGGGGAUCAGCUAGGAGAAGCUAAAGCUAGUGGCAACUUGGGAAAUACCUUAAAGGUCCUUGGGAAUUUUGAAGAAGCAAUUGUUUGCUGUCAGAGGCACCUUGAUAUUUCGAGAGAUCUAGGUGAUAAGGUUGGAGAAGCAAGAGCUUUGUAUAAUCUUGGAAACGUGUAUCACUCCAAGGGUAAAAGUGUUGCUUGUGCAGGUACCCAUGAUCCAGGGGAAUUUCCAGAUGAUGUUAAAACUGCAUUGCGGAAAGCUGCAGAUUAUUAUCAGGAAAACUUAACAAUCGUAACAGAAUUGGGGGAUAGAGCUGCCCAAGGACGUGCCUAUGGAAAUUUGGGAAAUACACAUUAUCUUCUGGGCAACUUCCGAAGUGCUGUUACUGCCCAUGAACAGCGCCUUUUGAUUGCAAAAGAAUUUGGUGAUAGAGCUGCAGAAAGAAGAGCCUACAGUAAUCUUGGAAAUGCCUAUAUUUUCCUGGGGGAAUUUGAAACUGCUGCUGAAUACUAUAAGAAGACAUUACAGCUUGCAAGGCAGCUUAAAGAUAGGGCUGUGGAAGCACAGGCAUGUUAUAGUCUUGGAAAUACCUAUACCUUACUUCAGGAUUAUGAGAAGGCCAUAGAUUAUCAUCUGAAACACUUAGCAAUUGCUGAAGAACUAAAUGAUAGAAUUGGUGAAGGAAGAGCAUGCUGGAGUUUAGGGAAUGCAUGCACAGCUUUGGGGAACCAUGAUCAAGCUAUGCAUUAUGCAGAAAAGCAUUUAGAUAUUUCAAGAGAGGUUGGAGAUAAGACUGGAGAACUGACAGCUAAACUUAAUCUCUCAGAUCUUCAAAUGGUACUUGGUCUUAGUUUCAGCACAAACAACUCAGUGAUGACUGAAAAUCAGAUUCCAGAUUAUAACUAUAAUGGCACUAAACAGAGGUUAGGACGUCGCCAUAGUAUGGAAAAAUUGGAACUUAUGAAACUAACACCUGAGAAGGUUCAGGAUUGGAACAGUGAAAUUCUAGCUAAACAGAAACCAUUGGUUCCCAAACCUUCAGCAAAACUGUACUUUGUAAAUCGAUUAAAAGGGAAAAAAUACAAAAACAUUACUUCUUCUAAAGUUCUUCAGGAUGCUAGUAACUCUAUUGACCAUCGAUUAAAUUCACAGAAGAAAAGCAGCUUAGAAGUCCCUGGAGACGAAGGAUUUUUUGACUUGUUGAGCCGAUUUCAGAGCAACCGUAUGGAUGAUCAGCGAUAUUGUUUCCAGGACAGGAACAGACUGACAGUGGCUGCUUCUGCCACCCCAUCCAGAAUUAUGCAAAAAUCCUUUUCUGCUUCAAUGCUCUCUCCACAUACAGAUGAAUUUUUAGAUAUGCUUGCUAGUUCUCAGAGUAGGCGAUUAGAUGAUCAGCGAGCCAGUGCCAGCAAUUUACCUGGACUUCGUCUUAAUCAGCAUAAUAGUCAGUCAGUCCUUGGUCACCUAAUGGCCAGCAAGAACAGCGAACCAGAUGAUGACUUCUUUGAUAUAUUAAUAAAAUGCCAGGGCUCUCGAUUAGAUGACCAGAGAUGUGAACCACCACCAAACAUUCCAAAAGGGCCAACUGUUCCCGAUGAAGAUUUCUUCAGCCUUAUUUUGAGAUCGCAGGAGAAAAGAAUGGAUGAACAGAGAGUCUUUCCACCAUCUAAUCUGAAGAGGCCAAGUUCUACCUAAUGGACUUAAAACGCAUGUGAAAGAACAAGGGAUGAUUAUGUAAAGCUGCAGCAGAUAUUUUACAUAUAAUGCCUUCAGGGGAAAUAUAUAUAUAUUGAAAAUAUUCAGUAUAUGUACAUAGAAUACGGUACAGUCAUUACUACCACUGCUUAAAAAUCAGAUAUUGAAUACUGGUUGUUGAAAGUCAGCUGUAUAGUGUUUUAUUUCCAUAUUGUCUCCCUUUCUGUUCAUUUCCCUUCAUGUAGAUGUACUGUUUUCCUUUAUUAAUGCAUCUAUGUUUAAGGUACUUUUGUCAGAAAUUUAGGACAAUUUUUUUCUGCUAAAAUAUGUAAACUGUAGAAAUAAAUUCAAUUUUUUUUCUAAUUUUUACAUAUUACAGAAGGUUUUAAAAUGAACAGUAUUAUGGUGGUUUUUUAAAAAACUUUUAAUACUGUUGUGUUUUUUAUCUUUUUAUCUAUAAAAGAGUAUUAAGCCAAUGCAAGGAAAAGAAACCGAUUCAGUUUAAGCCAUGAACAAAGCACUUAAAGGCUUCAUUAUCACCUCUCACUGAGCUCUCUUUUUAAAUAAAUGUUAUUAAGAAUUUUGAUUACAAUAACAUAAACUUGAAGAAAGAGAAAAUAUAUAGUGAAGUUACUUCUAAUAUUAAUCAGAACAAGUAUAAGCAAAUUUAAUAACUUUUUACCCUCUGUAAGGUUACAGAUAUCCUUCAUCGCAUAUCUCAUCCCUUAUCCAAAAGCAAAUCCAUAAAACUUCAACUUUUCAAUCCUGGUGUCAGGAAACAGACCAUGAAGUGUUGCCAGAACUUUGCAACAACAAAAAAGUCUCAUUUUAAACUUGAUCAAAUAAACCAACUUUUUAUUCCUUUACUUCUAAUAGUCCUUGAUUCAAUCAAAUACAGAUAAUCCUCAACUUAUAACUGGCCAUUUGAAGUUACAAGUGAAUCACCCCCCAAAAGCUACUUAUGGCCGGGUUCUGAAGGUACGACCGCUAAUGCCCGUGGUUGUUCGCCUUAUGACUGCAGUAGAGAUGUUGCAGUGCUCCAGCUCACUUAUCCCAUAAAAGUAUAUGAGCAAUCGAUAAUGGGGGUAGGUGGAGAGAAGUAUGUGGGACCAGGAGUGGGAAGCAGGUCCAAGAUCUGCAUGGACCCCGAGGGGCAUGAAGCAGAGUAUGGGGUGCCUUGGGGCAGAGGAGGUCUUGAGAGGCCCAGGGCAGGGCCUGUGCUAGGCUUCCCAAGUUCUCCCUUGGGGCCUGAGAAACCUGUGCUCCAUUUAAUGAUCCACAUGGUCAUUUAACAGCCACAUUGGGAAGAGCAAGUAUGGGGAUUUGUGAGACAACCAUGUGGGUGCUUUACUUAAUGGUUGCCAUGACUUUCAACUGUAAUGGGCAGGCUCUGUUACAGUUAUCAUUUGAGGACUACCUGUAUUAUUGUAAUAGUUGAGUUCAAUUCUUAUCUCACUGUGCAGAUUUAUUCAAGGCUUUAACAACUGUCUUUUGUAGAUCCAAUACGAAACAUUUUCCAGGUCAUUGUCUCAGUUUAUUGUUUGUAUUUUCUUUUUUAAUUUUUCAAUCUUCAUCCAGUUUCUUUUGUAUAUCCAGUAAAACAUCCUUUUCCAAAACA